GCCAGGACCUCCAGGACCAAAAGGAGAUAAGGGUGAACAAGGAAACAUUGGCCCAAGGGGUGAGAAAGGAGAAGCUGGUAUCAUGGGUGACCCUGGCAUUCCAGGAAAAAAAGGUGAUGCUGGGACUCCAGGAGAACCAGGAAUUCAAGGACCAAAGGGAGAUCCAGGAAGUUCUGGACCCCAAGGAGAGAAUGGUAUUGAUGGGCUUCCAGGGCCAAAGGGUGAACCUGGUGAGAAGGGAACAGAUGGGCAUAUUGGGCCAAGGGGACCUCCAGGCCUGAAAGGAGAACAGGGUGAUACAGUAGUAAUUGACUAUGAUGGUAGAAUCUUGGAAGCUCUCAAGGGGCCACCAGGGCCUCAAGGAGCUCCAGGACCAAAGGGGGAGCUUGGUUUGCCUGGUCCACCUGGAGUCGAUGGAGAGAAGGGAUCUAAAGGGUCAAAAGGAGACCAAGGAAGCCCUGGGCUAGUAGGACAGAAGGGAGAGAUUGGAGAAGUUGGCAUGACUGGUUUACCUGGCCCUAAAGGAUUGAAAGGAGACCAAGGAAACCCUGGAUUAAUGGGACAGAAAGGAGAGAUAGGAGAAAUGGGCUUAUCUGGUCCACCGGGUAUUGAUGGACCAAAAGGAGAAUCUGGGGCACCCUGCAAGCAAGAUCUUGUGCAGAUCAUACCUGAACCAGGACCUCCUGGCUUACCAGGUCCACCAGGUCCUAUGGGUCCACAAGGAAUACAAGGACAUAAGGGUCCUCAAGGAAUUCAAGGACAAAAGGGCUCAGAUGGCACAAAGGGUGCAAAAGGUGAAAGUGGCCAUAAAGGUGACAGAGGUGCCCCUGGGCCACAUGGUCCUACUGGCACACCUGGACUUAUUGGCUUACCAGGUACUAAAGGGGAAAAGGGAAAGCCAGGGGAACCAGGAUUAGAUGGUUUCCCUGGCCUCAGAGGAGAAAAAGGAGAAAAAAGUGAAAGAGGAGAAAAGGGAGAAAGAGGACUGCCGGGCAGAAAAGGAGCAAAGGGACAAAAAGGAGAACCAGGUCCCCCUGGAUUAGAUCAGCCUUGCCCAGUGGGUCCAGAUGGAUUACCGGUACCAGGAUGUUGGCACAAGUGAUCCUACAAGCAUGGACUGUGUAAAUAAUAGUGGGAUAAAUGUUUAUUUUUUUUUAAUUUUUUUAUACAAAAAGAGGAAAAAGCCACAAAAACAAUGUUUUCAACAGUAAUAUAUUGAUCUUUUAAUACUGGAUAUUGUCAUAUAUGGAUUUUUUAAAAAUAUAAACAUUCCUGAGGUCCACAAGACAGACUACAGACUGGCGCGCGCGCGCGUGCACACACACACACACACAGAAGCACUCUACUUCUGAAACAGUCAGGAAUGGAUGUCACUUGCUGCUAAUGCUAAUGUGUGGAUUAACUUACUGAAAAAAAUUGCUUUAUUGCAUGGAGAAGGAACAUCCCUGGACAACCUUUUUAGCUUUAAACUUUCUAACUCUGUUGCACAUAGACACAGGCACAAAAGGGAGAGAAAGCAAAAAAGAAAAAAAAGAUGCAGCCCUAGAAAUUGAACAAACUCUACCUUCUGGACGAACAUAGGAAGAAUUUCCAAUCCGGCAAGGUAACACAGCUAUAACCACACUUGUUGCUACUUGCUUCAAUCCUGAAGAAACUAGUUCCAGCCUGGGUCACUGUGAUCUGUUUCACCAUCUGUGGCUGCUCCUCCUCCAGAAGAAAGCAUCAUCUCUGGGAAAAUCUCUACUUCACAUCUUCAGUCUGUGACUAAAGUUUGAAAGAUUCUUUUGUGGAAUUUUAUUUCACUGCAGAAUUCAAAAACACGGAACACCUCAACUGCCAAAUCCUUUUUUUUUUUUUUUUACAAAAACAAAAUGAAGGAAACUCUAUAGUAUUCAUCGCAAUGUACAGAUUUGAAACAUAAGUCUUGCUUUAAAACAAAAGUCCCAUCGUGUAAUCCAUGGCUGCUUAUUUUGCAAACUUGGAAAAGAUAUCUAUUAUGCUGCUUAUUCUCCUGGAUUCACAAAACAUGCUUAAUAAAUACAGAAAAGAUGAUUCCCACCACCCCACCAGUGAGUGUUUCAUCACACCCCUUUAAUAUGAAGUUUUGUGUUAUAAUGGAUAGGGGUAAACAACCUAUUGUCAAAGAUUUGUAAUUAACAUGGUUAUAGAAACAGCUCUUUUCAGAGGUAAAAAGCAGGGAGAGCUCCACUUUUUAUGCAAAUUAUAUUUGUCACAGGUACUUUUCUUGCAUUAAAAAAGUUUGCCCAAAAAGCCAAAUGUCGCUAUAUACAAUACAGUAUUACUUCAGUCCUAAAGGACUACAUCUAUGAAAGUAUACAGCCACAAGUGGCUUAUGACAUUGUCCAAUAUGUGACCCAUUCUAUCUAUUGUAGUUAUAAUUCAGUUACUAAUUCCAAAAACUUCACCAUGCUCACCAAUGGUCUGGAGAUUCUGUUUAUAACAAGGAAUUAUUUCUAGUUUCCAGCGGUCUGUACUAACAUAGUUGGAAUGAACUAGUGCUCUUGCUUAGGAAAAUGUCUACAUCAGUGUGUCUCAACCUUGGCAACUUGAAGAUGUGUGGACUUUAACUCCCUAGCUAGGGAAUUAGGGAGUUAAAGCCCACACAUCUUCAAGUUGCCAAGGUUGAGAAACGCUGAUCUACAUGCUCAUUGUUCCCUCUAACAGACAUAGCAUUGGCUAUCACUAUUGUUUGACCCAGCAGCAGGAGCAGCCUGCAAGACUGCCAGCUUACUCGCAAAAAGGGAGCAGGGAUUUUUGUGAUUUGACCUUUCUUUCUGUAUCCCUAAGACCUAGAGGGCACCUUAAGCCUUUGGGGCGGACUCUGGCCCACCCAGAGCUGCAAUAGGAGGACAGAAAUAACCUCUACCUUUCCACUAGAAUUAUUCACUAAACCAGCAUUCCAAAUAAAAUAUUGAAUAGUCAUUAUCAGUAGUCUUGCACAGACAGUAGAAGUUCUCCCAUCCAUGAGAAUCUUCUGAGGGAUUCAAUCAAGUAACAUAUCCUGCCAUAUUUUUGAACUUCAAGUUUUGGUUAUUCAAUCUUUUAUUCAAAGUUUAAAGUGCUGAAGAGACAACCAUCUUAAAAGUUGCUCACUUUCCAAGGCCACAUUAACACAUAAUUUUGUAAGAUCCAGAAUGAGUGCAGAAAGAUUUUAGGAAUAAUUUCUUAGUAUUUGCCUAGAAAGAUAAAUGAAUAGGGAUUAUUCCCUUUUAACCAAGGUCUGAUGGCAAUUCAUUUAUUGCUAAUCAGAAUAUUGUUUGAAAUCCUCAGGCACCAGCAACAAUUAGUUGAUUACAUGAAGGCUACAAUGAGUGUUCAUAUGUUAUAAGAACCAAGAGGCAUGAUAAUAUAUGGUUUUAACAAUACUUAGAAAGUUUAAAUUUCCCUUCUCAUUUUAUAUUAGUACUAACUGGUUUUAUCCUAAUUCCCAGUUUUAGCCUUCAUUCCCAAAAAUGGAUUUAAGGAUAUUCUAAAAUGCUGGUUUGCAUUACUGAUCAGAAUUUAUUUCAGGAAGGAUGGCAUAAUGGCUCUCCACUUGUGUAGACAGAGGACCACUAUUCUGUGAAUCUUUGGCAGUAGUAUCUGUUCUUUCUGUUGUAAAUGUUUCUGAAAUACUCUAGAUAAGCUUCAAUCAAUACUUUAAAAUACUGUACAAUUCUUCAUGGUAGAAGAUGCAUCAAAUUCAUAAAAUUAGAGAUAAUAAAGUUAACAUUGCUUCACUAUGUUAACUCAUUUGGUUAUCUAAGUUAGCUUUACUUUAUGACUUUUUGAAGCCUAUAUGACAUUAUUUACUUUUAUAAUAGUAUUAAACUGUUGUUUAAUUAAAUGAAGAUAUAACUGAGUUAAGAAAGGGAAGUUAAAUACUAUGACUUCCUUGAAAAUCAAAUAAUUCUUUAAAUAGUUCUGUGACAGGUGACAAAAACUGGUGACAAAUCCCAUUAACCCAUGGAGAGCAAAAUCAUUCUUGUCUUUCUCUUCCACUCUUACCUUGUAGCAAAAGAGAUUUCAUUCUGAUCUGUAAUACUUAUUUUAAUACUGUAUAUCUGUUGCUCUUCUUGACAGAAAGAAAGAGUAGAGCACAUAGUAGUCUAGGGCAAGUACACAGAGGGUAUGGGGGAAUGAACUUCAGGCCCGUGUUUCCUGCAUGGAAACAGGAAAUUCUCAAGAUGGGAAUAUCAUUCAUAACUGUAAUUUACCCAACUUUUAUGAGAGCUGUCAAAAAGGUAUCUCCUUAAAAACUCCAUGCCUCUUUGAUAUCCCCCUGUUAAAUCCUCCCUUUCUACACCGAUGUAGGGAUUUGGCACAAAUGUAUUUAUAUUAAAUAAUUUUCAUCUUAAAGUAGCAGUGGUUGAGAGGUCCUGCAGGCUUAUUCCAGCUAAGAAAUCGAACUAGGGUGAGGGGGAAGAAAUGUCUUCUGGCAAUUACUGAGUAAUUUCUGACAUUUGGAAAUAGAAGCCCAAUGUGCUCAACCACCUCUCACAUGUCCUUGGACUACACUCCCUACUUAAUGCUACUAUUAGAAAGUUCUGCCACAUUCCAGAAAGAACUUUGCCAGAUGGAUCUCCCUCAGCAUUUACAGAGUGGAAAUCCACUGUGUCCUAUGGCUUCUGGAAUAUCCUCCCACAGAUUAUUGGCUUGCACCACUACACAGAAACUGUGGCAAUAUAUUAAUUAUUUAACAAUUAAUAUAUAUCACAGUAUUGGUUAUGAAAUUUUGCCCUGAGCGGGAGAUUCAUAGAAGAGUAUAUGCAGACAUUUUUCUCCUGGAUGACUCUGAAAUUAGUCAAUGAAAUUUCAUUGUAGCUAGUGAGAUUCUUUGCAUAUUCCUUUCAAAAUAUUUGUCAGUGUCAUAUUUUGUGGUAUGGAUAAUUGCAGCGAAAAUAUUUUUAUAAUAUUGAAUAUCAGCAGGCGUUUUUCUCCUAGAAGACUCUCAAAUUAGUUUAAUCAAUUUCAUUUCAGCUAAUGAGAUUGCUUUAUUUUUUGCUUUAGCUUUUAAUACAUUUUUAAGA